UAAUCAGCACUCAGCUACGACAGUAGGACACCACCUGUUCCCUCCCCUUUUGUCACACCUCUUCGUCGCUUCACACUUUUCUCCAUUAUUCUUCCUUUUUUACUUCUCUCUACUCAUUUUCAUCAACUCACCUUCACAUAAACUCAAACAAAAUUGCUCAGAUUUUUCUCGCAAUUUUCCACUUAUAUAUAUAUUCCUCUGAAUCGAAAAACAAUAAAUAAAUAAUUGAAUUUGUUGGAGAUGGGUGGAUCUGGUCUAGCGAGCUUCCUCAAACUUGUGGCCACUAAUUUCGAUCUUCUCGCUGGGCCUGCAGUGAGUCUGGGUUAUCCUCUAUACGCGUCUAUUAGGGCAAUCGAGACCAAGUCUCCAGUUGAUGAUCAACAAUGGCUUACUUAUUGGGUUCUUUACUCUAUGAUUACCCUUUUCGAGCUUACUUUUGCAGCCCUUAUUGAAUGGUUACCAUUCUGGUCAUACUUAAAGCUAAUAUUCACCUGCUGGUUAGUCAUACCGUACUUCAGUGGAGCUGCAUACGUGUACGAGCACUACGUUAGACCGUACAUCGUCACUGGUCAGAAGACUGUUAAUAUCUGGUAUGUUCCGAGAAAGAAAGAUGCUUUCAGCAAGCCCGAUGAUAUUCUAACUGCCGCUGAAAAAUAUAUCCAAGAAAACGGUCCCGAAGCCUUUGAGAAGAUGAUUCACAAGUCUAGAGAAACCACUUCCAAGAGUAGCCAUUACACUUUCUAUAACGAGGAUUACAUUUACGAGGAUGACUACAGGUACUGAUCCUGCUCGUGUUUCUUCUUCUUCCCUUUUUUUUCGUUUUUUUUUUGCUUUUCAUUUUUUUUUUGAUGUGUGUUCGUUGUCUCCAUUUUCCUUGGCCCCACAAGGAAAAAAGAAAAAGAAAAAGAGAACUUGACCUGUUUUUGUAAAGAGGAUCCAGUAACUAAGCUGCUUUCUUGUACAUUAUUUUCAACUCUUGUUGUGUGUGUUUUGAAAUACUUUCGUUCUAAUGUAAUCAUGUACUUGUUGAUGCUAUAUAUUACUUUCGACGAACCUUUUGGAGACUCGUAAUAGUGAUUCUUAGUGUAGAUUUUUUUAAA